AUGUCGCACCAAUCGUCCGACCCCCCUUCUCGAUCUUUCAAAGGCAAAGUCGCCAUCGUCACCGGCGCAGGCUGUGCAGGUGACGGCAUCGGUAAUGGUCGCGCCAUCUCCAUCAUGCUUGCAGACGAAGGCUGCAAUGUCGUCUGUCUAGAUCGCGACCUGUCGUGGGCUGCCAAGACGGCCGAGAUGGCCAACUCCAGGGCCGGGCGCGGGAAGGCAUUGGCAGCUCAGGGCGAUGUCACUUCUGCAGCAGACUGCGAAGCUGUGGUCAAGCUUGCCCUGGAAAACUUUGGCAGGCUCGACAUUCUGGUCAACAAUGUGGGCAUUGCAGGCGCGUCUGGGACUGCCGUGGACGUCGACAUGGAACAGUGGACAUCGAGCCUGAACGUCAACGUUUCUAGCAUGGUUCUGAUGGCCAAGUAUGCCGUCCCAGCCAUGGUAGAGAACGAGGGAGAGCAAAAGGGCGCCAUCAUCAACAUGGGCAGUGUUGCAGGACUGAAAGGUGGAACGCCACACCUCCUGUAUCCCACCAGCAAAGGUGCUAUCGUCAAUAUGACGAGGGCCAUGGCAGCGCACCAUGCGAAAGAUGGAAUCAGAGUGAAUUGCGUCUGUCCAGGGAUGCUCUACACGCCCAUGAUGUAUGCAGGAGGUAUGAGUGAGCAAGCGAGAGAAACAAGGAAAGGCAGGAGUUUGCUCGGAACCGAGGGAACUGGAUGGGACGCUGCUGCGGCGACUGUUUUCCUCGCCAGCCCGCACGCGAGGUGGAUUACUGGUGUCAUUCUUCCUGUCGAUGCUGGCACGACAGCAGCUGUAGGAAUUGGCAUGGACAAGAGCGCUAGCGUCAACGCAUAA